AGAGGAUGGCCGGUGAAAGGGGAGGAAAGACAAGAAGUGGCCGCCGCGGGGCGGGGCGGCGUGACGUCAAGGCGCGCCGUAGCUCUGGCGGCGUGACGCAGGCACGCAGAGGGAGAGCUGCAUUAUGAUUAUGCUACAUUAAACUCGAACAUUCUUUAUAUGCACCCUGAGCUGUUUCAUGGAUUUUUAUGUGCCGUUAAAGAGGUAAUUGCUGGGAUGAUUUUUGACAUGGAUGGAAUGUUUUAUUGGCUGUAACACAGCAGGAUGAAUAAAGCACCUUCAACAGCACUCCCUUCUCUACCCAAGCCAUUUGUGUGUAUGUAGAGGUGAUAAUGCCCAGGGGCACUCAUUAAAGUUUCAAUCCCGUACAACCACAAACAUCAGAGGAGAAAGGAAGAUGGAGGAGACAAAGGUCCACUGAACAUGCAGCCUGGUAGACUUCAAAGUCCUCUCCUAUGUCACUGAAUAUGAGGCUGGGAAGUGGAAACAUUCCAAAAGACACAGAAGGGGCAAGGAGGAGGAGAAGAUGGGGAGCAGAGGAAGGAGGUUUUGACAGAGGAAUACAUGGGAAAGGGAGGUAGUGAGGGAGAAGUGUAGGCCACAAGAUAGGAAUAGAAAAGGUUUUUGUGAAGUUUGCACACUCCAGUAGACAUGUUUUCAGCCUCAUGAAAUCUGCUUUCUGCUUACUGCUUCACUGGAUUUUAACGAAGAAAAAAUGUUGAACAAGACUCAGGAACCUCAGACUCUUUUCUCAAGGGAAUCACUUACUGAUCACUAUUGAGUUUUUGCUCCCAGAAUCCAGAUUCCCUGAUUGAAGAAGAGAGCAUGCCAACUUCUUCAGUAGUGGAUAAAUGGAAAUCCUCUUCUGGGAUGAUAAGAAAUGGAAAAGGUUUUCAGAAUAAAAAUCAGUUUAGGACAAUUGCACCAAAGAUGGUACCUAAAGUUAUAACUUCAGGGGUGGUGUCUUGUCUUCCACCUGUUCUUCCUGAACAAACUAAUUCUAUUUCAUCUGCAAGCUCUAAACCACGUAUAAUGCCAGCACAAAACUAUACUCUAAUGCAAGUUGCUGGUCAUGAGGGAACUUUUUCUCUUGUAGCUUUACCACAUAUCACUCCUGCACUGGCAGCACAACGAAUCCAACAAUCAAAUGUGCCCCCUCCUGAAAACCUCAAACUACCCAUUCCUAGGUAUCAAUCUGUAAAAAAUAAAUUGUUGAUUGACAAAAAAACAUUUCAAACCUCUUCUUCAAGUGCACAUAACAAGAUUUCCAGCAAGGUACAAACUUCAGCACGGACACCAGCAAUGACUACUUCAACUGGAGACCUUCCUGACGCUCAUUCUACUACAGAUAAAUUGUUGAUUGACAAAAAAACAUUUCAAACCUCUUCUUCAAGAACACAUAACAAGAUUUCCAGCAAGGUACAAAUUUCAUCACAGACAACAGCAAUGACUACUUCAACUGGAGACCUUCCUGAAGCUCAUUCUACUACAGAUUCAUCUGAACAAGUUAUUUUAAUUGAUCAUGGUUCUACUGAAAUUACAGUUGGUACUUUACUCAGUGAAAACAACUAUGUAGAAUCUGAAUCUCCUUUAUUAAAGAAAACAGAAACUGCUGAAGAUAGUAUUUCGGGACCAUCUGUCAUUAAGGAAUGUUUGUCCAAGCCAGUGAAUCCAAGUAAUCCUGUGAAAAUGAGUCUACAUUCCAUGAAAUCAACUAUUGAAGCCACAAAAGGCUCACUCAUAACAUCUGAGAAACUUAAAGAAAAACUGGUGAAUUCUGCAAAUUCUGUCACUGUCCUGUCACCGGCAAUAUUUGGCAAUGAAGUUCAAUUGACUCAGUCCGCACCAAAAGGAAAGCUUCCUAUUUUGCCAUAUUCAAGAAUGAAAAAUGCAAUAUUCUGUAAAUCUAAACAAAAUUCUAACACUGUGGCUGCAUCUACUCCUGGGCGAAGACCUGAAUGUGAAAAAAUACCACCUUUGGUAAAAACCUUUAAUGUUUCUACCAGAGUUUAUGAUAAACUACUAGCGAUAUCUUUUGCACAAAUCUCCAAACAAGCCCCCCGUGAAAAUACCUUCAGUCCAGCCACUAAACUGGAUGUUGAUAAUCUAAAGAAAUUGAAUGGUGUAGCCUCUAAAAGAAGAGGUAGAAAACGAAGAACCCCAGAUGAUAGAUUGGCAUUUCAGACCAAAAGAAGAAAGUGCAUCAUUAAUAAAUGUAGAGAGGGUAAAGAGAGAGUAAAAGUUGAUCCCCAUGAAUCAAAAGGCAGUAAGGCUGAGUCAGUUAAAAAAUACCGUAGUAUCAGACCAAAACCUGUAGUUAUGCAGGCUUUAGCUCCACUGACUUCUGCGGCUAUAAUAGAGACUCAGACUCCUGACUGCACAGAACAAGACAUUUUCUUAAAUGAUACACUUCCAAAUAAAUAUUUAAGCUGUAAGCAGAGUGAUGGCACUCCUGCUAAACAAAGUGAUCUGUGUAGAAAUUUAUUUUCUACUGUAUCUAAGCCAUGGCAUAAGUGCCAUGUCUGUAACCACAACUUUCAAUUUAAACACCAUCUUCAGGACCACAUGAACACACACACAAAUAGACGGCCUUAUAGCUGUCGAAUUUGCCAGAAAGCAUAUGUUCAUUCAGGAAGCCUAAGCACUCACAUGAAGCUUCAUCACAACGAAGGCAGACUCAAGAAACUUGUUUGUUGUGAGUUUUGUGCCAAAGUAUUUGGCCAUGCAAGAGUAUACUUUGGCCAUCUGAAGGAAGUACACAGGGUUGUUAUCAGCACCGAGCCCUCCACAGGCGAACAGCAACUGCAAGAUGCUUUAAAGAAUAGAGACAUAAAUGUAAAAGGAGCAGAAGAAACAAUAGAGAGGGGAAAUAAAUGCAAUUUUGAAGAUUUAUUUCAGAGUCAAGCAGAAGUCAAAUUACAGAUCAAAUGUGGCAGAUGCCAGUUUACUGCACAAUUUUUUGCUGAGAUGAAGUUUCAUUUGUUGUGUUUUCAUGGCGAGGAGCUCCCAGGAAGAAUAAAAGAAGGAAUUCUACAGGGAGGCAAGGGACCUCAGGAAGAACUGAUCAAACAUGCAGCUCAUUUCUGGAAGCAGCGCAAAGAGAGACGAAAUCCAGUCAAACAUGGCACUUGUGAGGAAGAGUUUUAUGCUUUUCCAAAACUGAAAAGGCAAAUAUAUCUUCAUCAAAAUAAUUUUGAUACUUUAACCAAAAGUGAGGUUAUUCCAUCAGGUAACAGUGAACCAGGAAAGGAGUUGCAAAAUUUUGGCUGUGCCACACAAAAUAAAAAAAUUCAAAUUUGGUGUAAAGCUGAUUAUAACUGCAUUUUAUGCAAGCAGAUAUUUGGAAGAAAAGAGGGGCUUUUCAGUCAUUGGCAGAAUCAUCAUAAUUGUGAAGACCCCUCUGUUCUUUGGACUAUUUUUAAUUCAUUCUCCAAACAGGGAGUUAUUGAACUUUCUAAUAACGCUGAAAAAUGAAGCAGUGGCAAAAUUCAGCUAGAAAAGUAUUCCAUUUCCAAGGUUACUGAUUUAUUUGUGUCUGAUUUUGAGUGUCACAAAAAUUUACAAUUAAUGCACUCAUUCUCUUUCUGAUGAUCAGUUGCAGUGGUUUUACAUGUAGUUUAGGUUUGUUUGCUGAAUACAAAACUCUCAAUUCUCACCAUAGGCCUUUUCAUAUAUAUAAUAUAUAAUACACACAAACCUGUUAUAUAAUGCCAUACUUAAUAUUGAUGCACAAGGACCUUCACAGAAACAAGUAUGCAGAAUGUUAGAGAUUGAAAUUAAGAAGAAAAAGGGAGGAACUGGUAUUAUAUUAUGCUGUACUCAGAGACAUUAAUGUUGCCCUUUGUAAAGUAAUGGUGUACAAAUGUUCUUGUACAGAAUGACAACCAGAUUGAAAAUAUAAUUUUCAGUCUUAACAGUGCCUCCAGAUUUUGUGGGAAAUGUAUAUAUGCAUUCAGUUCUCUGGAUGCAUGUUAAGAUUCAAUGUACAUGCUUUUUUAUGCUUAUAAAUAUGGAGCACAAUUGUACAGUGGGACAAUAGAAAACCACAAGAAAAAGUAUUAAUGAACUCCAAGGAGUUCCUAUGGAUUUCUCUAGAAGUCUUCAGAACAUAAGCUUUCCUUAAAAAAAAAAAAAAAAAAAAAAGUUAGAUAUUCUGAUUGUAAAGAUAACCUUCUCACUACUGGCUCUUUGAAUCAAGGUUAUAAGCCUUGUUUAAAGUCUGUUGUGACCAAAUAGGGUUCCCAUAUUGUUUGGCCAGCAAAUGUAGACACUGCCUAAAAGUUAUGCUACUAUGAGCUAAAACCUUGUCUACACCUAGACUUUUUGGGGGACACUAAUGUAGAUGGCGUAGAUACUCGCUGCUAUGUUGUCUAACAGUGCUCAAAGGAGGUAAGAUGACACAGUGAUGAAAAUGAUGGUGCUCCUUUUACCCUAUUGCUUCCUCCAUUUCUACCAUCUGUCAAGCUGUACCUGUGGUAGUGCAGUCAUGGAAGAAUUAUCCAGAGAAAGUCUGAGGUAGGCACAUAACUUGCUAAAACUCUGAAAAGUCCAAGACUUUAGCCUGAUUAUGGGAACAUAGGAAGAUAGGGCCUAAAAAGUGUUGGAUUCUCAUAGUGGGAUCCUGGAAGAUAUUACACGAUUUUUCUGUUUUCUGUAAUAUCAGUAAAAGUCUGAUAAGCCAAUAACUUAGAAUGACAUUCCUUAUUCUGUAAUGCUGUUUGGUGUUUAAGUAUGAGACUGAAGCCAAAUAAAACAGAAAACAAGAAGGAAAAAUCUCACAGAAACUGCAGUUGUUUGAGGAAGGGGAAAAGUCCCUGUAGAAUUUGACAACUUCCCUCAAAUUCCCAUGGAUUCAAAUGCUUGGUUGUUUCAUUACUUUUACUUUUGUCAGAAAGAUACUAUUUUCAUAUGCCAAACUAGUUCUGAAAUACUUUAUUUUAUGUUCUGGUUGGUUGUUUUGAUGACUUGUAAAUCUCUACUGCCUGGAGAUAUAAAAAUUGUUCAUACUCUGAUGCUAACAUGUGUAUCCAUAUUGUACCUUUCACAUGUACUCUUACUGAAUAGGUGAAGUAAACGUGUGCAGAACAUGUAGAAAGGAAUACUUCUAAAGUUGAGUGUUUCUUUUCAAACAAGGAGUAUCUUUCAUUUAGUACAGUGUAUUUACACUAAGAAGUAUUCUUUCCUGAAUUAGCAUGUUUUCAUUGAGAAGGAUACUUCUGAAUUAGCCUUUGCUAAUUUUCAAAUUCAAACUGCUUAGACUGGUGUCUUUGAGAUUAAAUUCUAGAAUAUAAGAAUAAUCCCUCCUCUAGUUAUAUAGUUGAAACAAAUCAAAGGAAAUUGUGUAACACUCACUUUCUGUUUUCAUUAAAUAAUAAUUUAAAGAUGUUACAACCAUGUCAUGUUUAAAAGGACAUGGGUUUUAAUUUUUUUGUCCUCCCUUUGUUUUAAGAUCUAGCCAAAACCUUGCAAAUAAAAAAAUCUUCCUUUCUGUUCUACUCAUGUUUUUUUUUAUUACUAAUUCCCCCCACCCCCCAAAAAAUCCUCUUUCCUUCUAAUGUAUUUUUAAAGGAGUUUAUAUAGAUGCAGCUUUAUUGUUCUCUUCCUUGUGUUCAGGAGUAGCAUCAGUGAUGUCAGAGCAGUUCUUGGAAAAACCAUAAGAAAAUAUUUGACAAAAUGCUGCUGCAACAGAGCCAGUAAGAUGGAAGGGCAAGCACACACAUUUACCUUUUUUUUUUGUUCACCAAACAAUUACAAACACUAAUUAUAUAUUCUUACUUUAAAAGAAAAAUCACCACAGAUACUAAUUUUAUUAUAUUUAUUUAUAUAAUAAAAUUAGUAUCUGUGGUGAUUUUUCUUUUAAAGUAAGAAUUAGAAUUCUUCACAAGCCAUGAGAUCCUCACUCCCUCUUCAUUCAGCCCCUUGACACUGAGUAAAAGCCAGAGAGCCAUAAAAGAUCCUCAUAUUUCAUCAGUUUAAAGGCAGAUGAGACCAUGGUUCUAACUUCUCAGUGUCCUCUUGAGUGCUUAUCAUCAGACACUAAAACAAAAAGGUUGAGACAUAUUUUAUAAAUUUCAGGUUUUUAUGAUUAUGAUAGCCUGUGCAAGGAAAUACAAAGUUUUGGGUAUUUGAAAGUAGUUCAGUAUUAAUUUCAGUUAUAUACUUUGCUUUACAUGUGCUUUUGCUUUGAAUUUGUACCCAAUAUGAUAAUAUUCGGAAGCAACACGUGGAAACCUAUUUACAGCACCAUUAAAUAGAGCAUAUUUACUGCUAAACAAAGUGAUUGUCACGAAUACAGUUUACUGUUGACCUCAAAAUUGGACAAGCUAACAUCUGUUUUUGCACAUAAAUGAUUUUUUAAAUUA